AUGAACCCACCGACCGCACCCAGCAGCGGCCCUGUCGCCGGCCCCCCCAACCCUACCCCCACCCGCAACCCGCACCCCCAUCCGCCUCCGCUACCAAAACGCUCCACGCCCCCGCGCCUCCGCCGCCGCGGCUUCACAAUCGGCACUGACUCCUCCUCGUCCUCGUCCUCGUCCUCCUCCUCCAGCGGUAGUCCCGAGCGCACGCUCUUUGCUGCGCCCCCGCCGCCCCCGCCGCCGCCGCCGCCGCCGCCCCCCAUGAUGCAGAGCACGGCGACAACCGCGGCGCGGAAGCAGCGCCGCCGCGGGAGAAGCCUACGGAAGACGGCGCUGCUGCGGCCGGGGAACGGGGUGGUGCUUGGCGGGGGGGCGCCGCUGCUGCAGCCGCCGCCCGCGAGUAUGGGGGGUGGCGGCGGUGGGGGCGGUGGUGGUGGGAGUCUGGCGAGUCGGCGGAGCGCGUCGCCGGGGCUGAAGUUGGCCACUGCGGCCACGGCGGCGAAGAAGGUGAGUGCGGUGUAUGAUAGUGCCGACGACAGCGAGGGCGGGUUUGGUGUUGGCGGGGGCGGUGGGAGGAUGGCGCAGAGGGCGUAUCCGGUGAGGGGCAGGUCGGGGAGCGUGGUUGUUGUGAUGGCGAGGACGAGGCAGGAAGAGAUGGAUAGUGCGGCGGAUACGGCGUAUUGGGGGUGGGUGGUGCUGGGGGCGACGUGGGUCGUGUUUGUGGUGGGCAUGGGGAGCGUGUUGGGCGUGUGGGAGUGGGCGUGGGAUGUGCCGGGGAGCCCGUUUGCGAAGGGCCAGCAGGAGCAGUACGAGGGCGCCUUUCCCAUCGAUGGGUAUUAUCCGGCGCUCAUCAUCUUGACGUGUGUCAUGGCGUGGGUGUGGGUCGUGGUGGCCUGGGUCGGCAUGAAGUAUUUCAAGCAUGCAAAGAUACAGCCGAGAGACGAUUUUGUGAAUGUUAAUGUGUAG